AUGACGGAGAUUGUUGGAACGAUUUCUGCCGUGAUAGCAAUCGUAGAGGCCUCUCUCGUGGUCUCCUCGAAAACCUACGAGCUCAUUCAACUCAUCAAAAAUGCUCCUCCAGAAAUCAUGGCCCUCCAACACGAUAUCAAAGCAUUUCAAACGCUGGUGCACAAUCUCGAUGCCGCUUUGAGAUCGAAAGAUGUGGAGAAGGUAGUAAAAGAGGACUCUCAACUGAGCCAGGCCCUAAAAUCCCUGUUAGAUCCCAUUAAAGUCUGCAAAGGUGCCUGCGACGAGAUCUACAAAAAAUUGGAACAAACCGGAAUUGCAGGUACCAGCGAAAAUCCAGAUGAGACGCCUUCAGGACGCCACCACAUUAAGAUGAAGUGGUUCUUCACACGAAAAGAAGUCUACGCUAUGAUCGCGCGAUUCCAGGCAGCGAGAGAGGUAUUUUCGCAUGCUAUGGCAUCUUUGACCUUGCAACUUUCCUUCCGGAUAGCUCUCUUGGUGCAUAAAGAGCACGAUGCAGAAAGUGUGAAAAAUAGGCACAAAUUCGAUGACGAUGCUGGAUCGGCUUUCGUCCAGUAUACCAGAACACUUGCUGAUGAAGCACGGCCAGGACCCAUAACAUCAUCAUAUAUGCCUCAGAUACCGAGCAGAUUGAGAGGUCCUAAGCAUGCCAAAAGUCUUUUGAAUGCUGUGAAGCAAGACGAUUUUGCUUUGGUGGAAAUAUUGUUACGAGGUGUGGAUGUCGAUAUUCAAGACCCCGCCACGGGACGUACUGCUCUCUCGUUUGCUGCCCAGUUGGGCAACGUUCAAAUGACCGAACUUCUUCUGAGAAAUGGCGCCAAUACCAAUAUCCGGCAAUAUAGCUUGACGAAAGGCUAUUGCGAUGAAAGUCACCAGAAGGAUAUGAUAUGGAUCAGUGGUCGUUUCCCUCUUCACUGGGCAAUUUUGUUUGACCAUACUGCGAUUGUGGAGCUUUUGCUACAGUACCGCGCCAAUCCUAAUGCUGCAAACGGUUCUGGUCGAACGGUCUUACAAGAAGCUUGCUUUAAAAAUAGCCCGAAGAUGGCCAAAAUGCUGCUAGAAGCGGGUGCAGAUGUGAAUGGCAUAAAUCUCCAUUCUGGUUGGGCGUCUAUCCAUGAAUGUGCACAUGGUAAAUCGGUGGAGCUACUCUAUGUAUUACUGGACUAUAAAGCCCUGCUUGAUGUUCCUGUCACCGAUCCUAAGUUUUUAGGGGCGUUUCCACUCCAUUUCACUGCGAGGCAUGGCGGAGGGAACAAGUUGAAGGUUCUUUUAGACCACGGAGCCGACCCAAAUGUCUUAAUGGCUGGAGAUAUUUCAGUCCUCCACAUGUGCGCGGCAAAAAACUGGGUCGAUGCUAUACUUAAUCUCCUAGAUAAGGGUGCACUAAAAAACACUCAGGAUUUGUGUCUACGUGAAACUCCUUUGCACAAAGCAGCUCGGAACCAGUGUAUGGACGCAAUUAGGACAUUGUGUUCGAAGGGAGCCGAUACAACACUGAAGAAUAUCGAUGGGCUGACUUUCGAGGAUAUUUUGAAACUUGCAAAGGUGGAUCCUGACGGGUGGAGUGUUGACCCAGCCUGGGUAACAUUCAAUCCUUACUAUUAA